AUGAAUGUUCUACCGUUCCUUUUACUCUUUGGUGUAGUUAUCUACGCUCAACUGAAGCCUGAAGAGGUAGAGGAGAAGAUUAAGAAAGAGCUUGAAGAAAAAAAGCCGGAUGGAGCAAUAGGACCCGUUGGCAAAGUUGUUUGUAAAGCCUGCACAGUGAUUUUGAGUGUUGUGCGUGAUGUCAUUGGUGGUGGCAACAAUGUGACAAGAGAUGGGCUGGAAACUGCUUUGGGGGUAAAAGCUUUUAUUUGAUUUUUGUUUGGCUAAUGAGGGAGGUAGUAUAAGUAUAUAUAUAUAGUUGUAAGGUACCCUAGCAGUCAGACCAAGCCAAGCCGCGCAAUGUAAAAAGCGAAACGGGCUGCGCUUGGCUGAAAAAGUAGCCCGGCUCAAUAAACACGGCUAGGGAGAGGGGGUAAAGCUAGAGCUAGGGCUCUGGGGCUAGGGCUCAGAACUAGGGCUCUGGAAUAGAACUCUAAGUUAAGGCUCUGGACUAAGCUUCUGGGCUAGAGCUACGGCUAUGGCUAUGGCUAUGGCUAUGGCUAUGGCUAUGGCUAUGGCUAUGGCUAUGGCUAUGGCUAUGGCUAUGGCUAUGGCUAUGGCUAUGGCUAUGGCUAUGGCUAUGGCUAUGGCUAUGGCUAUGGCUAUGGCUAUGGCUAUGGCUAUGGCUAUGGCUAUGGCUAUGGCUAA